AUGGUCAGUGCAAACUCCAGCACAUCCCUAAUGCUAGUGAAGGUGGCAGUUCAGAAGCAGGACAGACAGUUUAGGGACGAUUGUCCACAGGAUGGAGAGGAACUGGGCCACAACAUCUGGGCUCUUCUCCACACCCUGGCCGCCUGCUAUCCCCACCUGCCCACCCCAGAACAGCAGCAAGACAUGGCCCAAUUCAUACAUUUAUUUUCCAAGUUCUACCCAUGUGAGGAGUGUGCUGAAGACCUAAGGGAGAGGAUAUGCAGGAACCAGCCAGACACCUGCACUCGGGAAUGCUUCUCCCAGUGGCUGUGCCACCUGCACAAUGAGGUGAACCGCAAGCUGGGCAAGCCUGACUUCGACUGCUCGAAAGUGGAUGAGCGCUGGCGAUACGGCUGGAAGGACGGCUCCUGUGACUAGAGAGUGGCAGCCAGAGCCCAUGGGGCAGCCAGCCAGGGCCCAUGGGGUGGCCUGGCUGGACAGGAGCAGGGCACUCAUUAAAGUGAACAGAGCCAGA